CCGUGCCCAGAUGUGGCCCUUCUCGAAUCCGCCGCCGCCACAAGCGGCCGCGGCAGCGCAGUUCAUGGCGGGAACAGGGUACAGUUUUGCGAUGGAUCAGUACAGAGGAGGUGCAUUCCAACUGGGUUCGAUCUUCACGCAGCCGCAACCGACGCAGACUCUAGGGUUAGGGAUGUCGGAUUCAAACCUGGGGAUGUUAGCGGCGAUGAACGCUGCCUACGCAAGACCCGGACCAAACGAAACUGCAAAAGCAAACGGUGAUCACACGAACAACAAAGCGGUGGAGCAGAGCGAGCAAACACAGCCACAGCAGAGUGGUCUAGAUGAGGAUGAUGAGGAUGACGAUUCGAAUAGCUCAGAGUAAUGUUAUGAAGCAUCACUUUGGUAAGAAUUCCAUGAAAUUCGGUUUUUUUUCUUAAAUUCUUUAUUUUUGGUUCAUUUUGAAGUGCUGUUUGUGUGUUUUUUUUUGUUUUUGGAAUUUGUGUGCUUUAGUGUUAUUUUAGUUCAGAUUUGUAUGAAAAUUUUGUUAGGUUUGGUCCAAAUGGUACUCGAGGUAGGUAAUGUGGACACAGAGAAAUCUUGUUUGUAUAGGAACCGAAUUUGAUUA